AGACAUGGCGUUUUAUUGAUUUUUUGGGAUUGCAUUUUUGUGUUGUGUUUUUUGCGUUUGUUGAGUAAAUUGUUGGCAUUUUACUAUUCUUUCCACCCACUGGGGCUGCAGACGCGUGUGCUGAGGGACCAUUUAAACGGACAAUUCGCGAGUGGGGCUCGUGAAAUAUGUAAUUUGUGGGGAAGAAUUUUGUUGGAAAUUUCUCAGAGCUCGUUCAGGGCGGGGCUGAAGGCAUUCUUUUUUCGCAUUUUUCAAGUGAAUUUCGCACAGUGUGGACGUCCGGAAGGGGACAAGGUGGUAGUUGGGAAUAUUUGUGACAAGGCAGUUGGUGCAAAAUGCAGGCAUUCCGGGGAAUUUUGGUGGUUUUCUUUGUAAUUGAUUGUGUUUGGGGUCAAAUUCAGCCGCAUUUGGAGAUUCUCCCCAUGCAAUCAGUCCAGCGGAAGCCCGUGGGAAAGUCCCUCAUGCUAACGUGCCGGCCAAAUGUGCCAGAUGUGAAUUUAGUGUCGGAUCUUCAGUGGAAAGAUGUGCAGAACAUGACGAUUCUGCCCAAGCCGAUUGAAUAUUAUCAUCCACUGUACGAUUCAUCCGGGAAUCAAUUGCCAAAGAAACCUGGGCAACAACCACCUCCUAUGUACACGGAAGUUCUUCCGGGAGACCUAAGUCUAGCCCUACUUAUACCCGUUCUAACUGACACAAUGGCUGGAACCUACUACUGUACUGCCUCGUAUGCAAAUACCGAAUUAAUGGUACAAUCGGUACGUAUUGAAACGUACUUGGCGAUUACGUGGAAGGAUGCUCCGGAGAAUCAGUAUCCUCUCCUGGGGUCAGACUAUGUGGUAAAGUGCGAAGUGACAGCACGACCGGCACCGUCGAUUGAUUGGCUUCGAAAUGGGGAUCCCAUUAAGACGGGUGAUCGGUACGUUGUACGUACCCAUGGGCUUCUCAUACGUAGCGUUGAGGAGGCUGAUGAUGGUAUCUACACGUGUCGUGCAGCUGUUAUACAAACUGGGGAACUCGUUGAACGAAAUAUUCGGGUUGAAGUGCAAAUAAAGCCCGAAAUCUAUGGGCUGGCAAAUGUCCUGGAAACAGUUGAGGGGCAACAAUUCUCAACAUUUUGCAAUGCAACGGGGAAACCUGUGCCGGAAUUUACGUGGGUUAAGUCAAUUGAUCAGCGUAAUGUGGCAAAUGCGGAUCGUUUUAUUGUUAAUUCCAUCACGGGGCAAAUGAAUAUCCUUACAGUGGAUAAGGAUGAUUAUGGGUAUUAUACGUGUAUUGCGAGAAAUGCCGCCGGUGUGGCGGAAGCUAAAACACUGCUAGACGUGGUGAUACGACCGAGAAUCUAUGAAUUGUGGAAUACAACGGUUGCAGUGAAGGUGGAGGGGCAACUUCUCUGCAAGGCGACAGGACGUCCCCCGCCGCUCAUCACAUUCCGUCGAUGGGGAUCGAAGGAGGAAUUAGUGCCUGGACCACAGCCAACAGAUGAUCGUAUCGUACUUGAGCAGUCAUUUGACGAUGAACGCGGCGAAUCGAGUGGUACGAUGAGAAUUUUGGAUGUCAAUCGUACGGAUGAUGGGCUGUAUGAAUGCGUGGCACGCAAUAAGGGUGAGAGUGCGUUCAAAGUGGGGCACAUUGCGGUGGAAUAUCCACCCACAUUUGACUACAUGAAGACCCUACCGCCGAUGUUUAGUUGGGAAGAGCGUCCGGUGAAUUUGAGUUGCCUCGCCGAGGGUAUUCCGAAUGCAACAAUUGAGUGGCGUCUCAAUGAGCGUCUCGUGACGGAGUUGUACGAUCGGAAUCUCGAGGUACACGGUAGUGGUCCAAGGAGUGAUUUGAUCGUCACUCCAGUGGACAAUCGGUACUACACAGCGUACAAAUGCAUUGCGAGCAAUCGCCUGGGACGUAGUGAGCAUAUAAUGCAGCUGAAAUUAGCACGAAUCCCCGGGCCGAUUCCACAGGCAAUUCCACGCAUUGUUACCGCGACGAGUAUUACAUUUGAUAUUCUGCCACCGCCUGUGGAAUUGGGAAUGCCCAUUACGGCGUAUUCGGUGCAGUACAUCAAAGAACUCGAUCGUGAUUGGAAUUAUGCCUUCAAUAGAACCUUCACACCCGAUAGUCCGUACAUUGUUGAGGGGCUCAUGCCGCAAACCACCUACAAUUUCCGCUUUGCCGCCCGGAAUCUCGUGGGUUUGGGUCAGUGGAGCGCGUACAAGCUCCAGUCGACACCACGACGUUCGGAGCCCGAACCACCGCGGCUCCUUCACAAUUCAAUUGAUGCCUCCGAAGGGGAUGAUGGGGAAGACCCCAUCGUCAUGUCACCGUAUGCGGAUCACUUUGAGGUGCGAUGGAGUGUGCCGCCGAACAAUGGGGAAGUCAUUGAUUUCUAUCAACUACGAUACUGUCCGGGGGUAAAAGUCAAUGGGGAGUGGCAUGAGACGGGUGAAAUGUGCGUAACACGUGAUAUUCUUGCAACGGAAACCACAACGUAUGACAUGAGUGGACUACAAGCGGGAACGUACUACAGGACAGAGUUGAGGGCACACAAUGCCAUUGGAUUCUCAGAGCCGACCAGCUUGAUGAUUAAGACGGCACGAGGAAAUUAUUUCAACGCACAUUCACUGGGUGUUACAUAUCAAUGGUCAUCCGCUCUUUUUCACGGAUUCAUUGUCCAGCUCUCAGUUUACCAACUUUGGCAGCUGUUGUGCACAUCCUAAAGUAACAAAUAAAGUUAAACUGAACUGAAUUGUUGAUGGCAUGUUGAUGCUCUUGAAAUUCAUCUUGGGGUGUGUGUGUAUGUGGUGAAGGUUUAAACAAGAAGAUGAAAGAAGGAAAGAAAUCCAACAAAAAAAAAAUGGGCAAAAUGUAGCAAUUUAUAGUUGCAUAUGGUGAUGUGGAAAAUAAGAAAAGGAAAAGAUGAAGAAAAACAAGAAGUAGAAAGACACUUGAAUCUCAUCUCAUGUUAAAUGAAGAAUGUUAAGCGCACUCUAAAGCAGCACAAGAAAUUUGAAGGAAGAAAAAUGCAAAGAUCCCACGAAUCUUCGUGGAUUUUUUCCUCUCAUCAAAUAGAAUGUACAAAUUCAUUGAAUUUAUAGAAAUGAAAACAUUUAAAUUUUUUUUCUUCUUGUUAGGAUGUUAAAGAGAAAAUAAGAAUAGAAGAAAUCUUGAGAAAGAGAGAAAAAAAUACAUCAAGAUUUGUUAAUGAAAACAUGCUAACCAAAAGAAAGUCCUUACAAUCAAUUUAAACAAUUUAAAUCAAAAUAAAUUUGAAGAGAAACAAAUAGUUUUCUACAGAUAUUUAAUAAAAUUUAAUCAAUAGAUAGAGAAGGAAAAAAAAAACUUCACGUGUGGUGUGAAGAAAUAACUCUGAGAAUGAUUAGAAGAACAGAUUUUUCCCAUUUCUCGAGCGGAUAUUGAAUGAUGUGUUUAUAAAACACAUGUCUCGAAUCUAUUGACACGGAAAGUCGAUACAUUGUGAGAAUAAAUAUUAUUCUUUAAGGAAACCACCGACUGCGAAAGAAUUUCUUUUCAUUUUCACAACAAUUUCAAUGGGGGGACACUGAAAAAAAUUGUAACAGAAACCACACAGAAGAUUAGACGACGGGGAAAAUAGGAGUUUAUUCAUUUUUGAGGUCUUUACGAUAUCUUUAGUGAAAAUAAAAUAAUGGAUAUUUUUGUGUGUCAAAAGGACAUCCAAGAAAAGUCAAAUAUACUUUCAAUAAUCCACUGAAGAUAGAUUAAAUGUACGGGUAAGCUGACCAAGCUUACGGGAGCUGUGUUUCUUUCAGUGUACCAAUUUUGUGAGAGCAAACUAGAGCGUAAAUUAAUUUAAAUACGCGCAAAGUCGGGAAAAGUUGAAAAGUCAUCCCCCAAGAAAUCUUUAAAACGCCAUAUCUCGGGAACGGCUCCAUAGAUUUUCGAGUUUGAGCUAUCGUUGGAAAGGUCUUGACCUCAACUAUAAUAUAUUAAAAUAUGAAGUAAAUCGAUAAUGGCAUUUUCGAAAUAUUCGAGUUCGAAAUUUUCGAAAAUUUUGAUUUUGACUUUAGCACCCCUCGCGGUCAUUUCUCGAACUUGCAAUGUUCUAGACAUUUGUAGGGCUUCAUGAAACCUUUCAUUUGCACUUGAGUUGAUCAAAAUCGGACUUGUAGAACCCGAGAUAUGACAUGCCAACUUUGGAAAGCUAUAUCUCGAGAACGGAGACAUAGAUUUUCUUCAUUUUUGGCAUGGAGCUAGAUAAUAUGGUCAGCUAUAACAUAUCAAAAAAUGAAGCAAAUCGAUAAUGGCGUUUUCGAGAUAUUCAUCGAAAACUCAUCGAAAAUUUUGUUUUUGAUUUUUGGCCCCCUAGCGGUCACUUUUGAAACUUCGGAUGUUCUAGAGAGUUGUAGGGUUUGUUGAGAUCUUUCAUUUGACCCCGGGUUGAUCAAAAUCGGUCAAGCCGUUUUCGAGUUAUGGUCGAUUUUCGAUGAAAAAUUGUGGCAGCCAUAUUGGCUAAACGGCUUGACCGAUUUUCGAAAAUGAGGUAUCGUUGGAAAGCUUUUGAUGGCCCCUACAACAUAUCAAAAUUUCAGAUUUUUCGCUAUUACAGGGGCUGAGAUAUAGCGAAAACAAAAUUUUGAGGUUAUUCAAAAUGGCGGACGGAGGGGAGGGGGGGUGGAUUUGACCUCAUAAUCGGAUGUCUUCCAGUCGAUAUUUAAACUUUGCCGUUUACCGCAAGUCUCUAUCUAUUACCGUUCUCUUGCAAUUUAACGUUGUACUACGGCCGGACGGACGGACGGACGGACGGACGGACGGCCGGAAAAAAUCUUAUUUUUGGCGCAUACGUUUUUUGGAAUGUGGGGACCCUAAUUCGUGCUCAUCCCAAGUUUGAGCCCGAUCUGACGACUUUCGAUUUUGCUCGGUACACAAAAGCUGUGUCUGAAAGAAACACAGCUAAAAGUUUGGAAAAUAUUUGUGCAAAAAUACGCAUAAACCACGCCUCCAUUGUAGCUUAUUUCGUACGUUUGAAGCAUAUGCACCAGUGCUUCAUUAGUAUUUUUUUUUCACAAGAAAUAGACAGAAAAAGAAAAGAGUUCAUAAAAGAUAAGGACUUGGAUUACCCAAUCAAGGAAAUUAACCUAAGGAUUAAUCGAUUAAUUGGUAAGAAUCAUCUUUAACCGUAAAUUGGAUAUAAUCGGUCAGUUAUCCUGAUUUCUUAAAAAUCUACGAUGAAGUUUGAAGAUUAUUUGCAUAAAAAAAAGAUACAGGGUGGCCAGGAAAUUAGGGCAUGAUUUUAACCGCGAAUAACUUUUGAUUGGAUUGAGAUAUCUGAAAACUUCUGCCGCCAAAAGAUGCGUAAACUCAAAAAGUUUUAUUUGCUUUUUAUUUCAAGUCGGUAUCUUAAAAAUUGGAGCUGCCAGAGCAAAAAAUUCGCCCAGAGUUUUUCGAAAAUUCGAAUUUAAAUUUAACGUAUUUAGACUAAAAAUCAAUUUUUCAUCCCAAAACUCACGAUUAGUUACGAAAAGAAAAAGCUGGAGACAUUAAAUAUUGAUAAAUAUGAGUUGAAGGAAUAUUUAAAAUUUUGUAGAUUUUUUUAGAAUUAUAAAUGAGAAAUUCUCCGCAAAUAUAUCCAAUGAUUUUCAGCACAAUUCUCCCAAUUUGCUGAAAAGAAAAUAAUAUUUCUCCUUUGCCAAAGAUUUAUUCAAUUCAAACGUGAAAUAAUCUAUUGUAUUUCAUUUAUAUAUAUUUUUAAAUAAUGUUCUAGGGUAAGUUUUGCAAAUUUAUUGACUCUUCAAAUGUUUUCCGCGGAUGUUAACCCUUUAAAUGCCAAGUGGGGUCUCUUAACAAUCAAUAAUUUAUUACCCACAAAUAACCUUUUUCUUUGAUCAACGAGAGUUCUUUUGCAUUUAAUUUAUAUUUUUUACUCUACAAAAAUGCAUUUAAAAAUAUCUUAACUUUUUACGUUUAGUUAAAAAUUUUUAAUUUGAAUUUUUUAAGCAGUAAUUUAAUUUUCUUUAUCAUAUUUCUUUUCUAAAUAAUUUCUACAACGAUUGUUUUCUUAAAAACUUUCUAGAAUUUUUUAUUCUAACUUUUAAUAAGAAUUCAAUGGCAAUUUCAAUGGAAAAUUCCUAGAAAUAUCAUAGGAACUUUAAACAUUUUUCUAAGGAGGUUUUCCAUUGUUUCCUUACUAUCUUUUUACUGAAGGAAUGAGCAUUUUUUUUUAGUUUCUUCUUCAAUUCUUGGAAACUAUUAUAGCACAAAAUGCGUCUAAGCUAAAGUAUUAAGGAAGCUUUUUAGUUCUUAAAUUUGUUUUUGUACAAAUCAGCUCAAAAAUAAUAUUUUCUUCUAAUAAUUCUCAGAGUUUCUUCGGACCAUUUUAGGUUAUAUUUAAUAGUGUGCUAAAAAAUAAAAUUAACCUCUAGGCCGCCAAGCGGGGUCGUUGAACGACCCCAGCCCUAUAUUUCGUGCUAUAACUUAAUAAAUAUAAAAGAUACCAUUCCCAUCUUUUGGAAAUAAGUUCUUUGGUUAUCUGAGGAGGUUGUGUAAAAAUUUCAGCUCAAUCCGUCCACCACAAGAAAAGUUAUUAAGGAAAAUGUAGAAGAAGGGAAUUCAAAAAUUGGUGUAACGGCCAUGCUGCGGAAAAUUUCUUAGAAUGAAGUUAGUCACAUCAUAAAUCAUAUGGUUGAAGGGGGUUGAAGGGUUGUGUUUACUUUCUCACUAUACCUUCUCAGUGUCAGAAUUAUCGCGAAUAAGUAACAUAAACAACAUAAAACAUAAUUAGAAGCAUAUAAAUGUGCAAAACAAUAAAGAAUAUUCGAGAAAUAUUGCCAUUUAUCACGGUGCGGGAAGUGAGGGGAAUGUGGGGAAGUAGUGAAAAAAAAUAGCAGUUGCGGUCAACUUCGUGGCAAAUUUCUCACGAAGAAAGUGUGAAAAAUGAGUGAAAAAUGUUUUUCCCUAAUAUCUCCUUCUGCGUGUUUCCGGGUGGCGAAUUUGUGAUGCAAGGGGCAAGAGGACUAUAUAAGGAGUCUAAAGGUAGUGACCCGACAGUUCCCGGUUGUAUGGUUUAUGAGAAAAUCGACUUCCUUCUUGGGGUCGUUCAACGACCCCACCUUGGCGCUCUAAGGAAGCUCCAAGGUCUUGGCGGCCUGCAGGUUAAAUAGCACAAAAUACGGACUUGCCUGGACUUUUGUGAAAUGAAAUUUCGCAAAAGUAUUUAAUAUUUGAAUAAGAUGAGAAACAAUCAAAAUUUGUUAGAAAUAUAUUUGAAGCAGCUUAUAGAGGGAAGGUAAUAAAGAAAAAAAGAAUUUAUUUUACAACAAAAUGCAAUAUAUUAAAUCAAAAGGAAAAUAAAGAAAAAAUUAAAUCUACUUAAGAACUACUCAAAGUAAAUAAAAAUUAGAAAUGUUUUACUUAAAAUCUCAUUGAAAGAAAUUAUAUAGAGUUAUUUGUAUGACAAUAAAAUACAAAAAAAAAAACGCAAAAUAGUCAGAGAAUUUUGGGAAAAUUUUGAUGAAGAAGAGAGAAGAAGAGGAAAAAAAGUAUUUUUAAGUUUAUCUUGAACUAUAAAUAGAAUCUCAAGUGUUCUCUUUUGCAUAUUUUAAUUAAUUUGAGGGAGGAGAUUAUAUUCGUUACGAGAAAACGAUGACAUGUGAUUAUAGAUUAUGAUGAUCACAUGAAAUUUUGAGAGAGAGAAAAUAUUGUUAAUAGUGAUGAAAAUGAUGCGAAAAUAUGUUGGGACAUUGGAUGAUUUUAUUAAUAGAAAAAAAAACAGUUGAAAUUUGAAGUAAAGAUUUGAAAAUA